AUGGCGGCGGCGGAGGCUUGGCGAGCCGGCAGCGGGGAUGCUAAACUCCGGCGGCUGCGGCUGCUGCUCUUAUGGCUGCCGCUGCUGCUUUGGGAAGCCGGGGCGGAGCAGAUGGAGGAGUACCUGAAGCGGGAGCACUCGCUCACUAUGCCUUACCAAGGUGUGGGAUCUGGCAGCUCCUCACUCUGGGAGCUUAUGGGCAAUGCAAUGGUGAUGACCCAGUUUGUUCGUCUCACCCCAGAUAUCCAAAGCAAGCAGGGUGCUGUGUGGAACAGAGUGCCUUGUUACUUGAGAGACUGGGAGAUGCAGGUGCAUUUCAGAAUCCACGGGCAAGGAAAAAAAAACCUCAACGGUGAUGGCUUUGCCAUCUGGUACACAAAGGAUCGGAUGCAGCCAGGGCUGGUCUUUGGCAGCAAGGAUAACUUCAUAGGGCUGGGCGUGUUUGUGGACACCUACCCCAACGAGGAGAAGCAGCAGGAGGCCCAGAAGAAGAGGUAUUCUUCAGGAAACCAGCGUGUCUUCCCGUACGUCUCGGCCAUGAUCACCAACGGGUCCCUUGUCUACGACCACGAGAGGGAUGGGAGGCCGACUGAACUCGGUGGCUGCACGGCCAUAGUCCGGAACCUGGAGCACGACACUUUCCUGGUGAUCCGAUACGUGAAGAGGAGACUUACGGUCUUGAUUGAUAUUGACGGAAAGCACGAAUGGAGAGAUUGCGUCGACAUUCCUGGAGUCCACUUACCCCGCGGAUACUUCUUCGGAAUCUCUUCCGUCACGGGAGACUUGUCAGACAAUCACGACAUAAUUUCUCUGAAGACCUACCAGCUGACGGUUGAACGGACACUAGAAGAAGAGAAACGUGACAAAGAAGUCUUCCUUCCGGUGGUGGAGAACAUGAAACUUCCUGGAAUGGAGACGCCGCUGGAACCCCUGAGUGGCCUUGCUCUCUUCCUGAUAGUCUUCUUUUCGCUGGUGGCCAUCGUCUUCGCCAUCGUCAUUGGUGUCAUCGUUUACAACAAAUGGCAAGAACAGAGCCGGAAGCAUUUCUACUGACCCACAGGCUUCCUCUUUGAUUCCUCCGGUCCGCCUUGCUUUCUAGAUAGCC